AUCCAUUAUAAUCAUAACUGUAUUUAUUAGUGUCCAAAGUGGACGAAGCGUAUUUUCGCAAACGAUUUUAUAUUAGAAUAUUUUACAUUUAAAAAAAGUUGAGAAUUACAUAUAUUUAAGACUUAUGAUGUGGAAUUAAUUAUAUUCACUAGCACGUGGCAUUGUUAUCGUUGAAGUUCUUCCAUCGUCAAAGAAGUCGUCAGCAUCAAAAGUACAUAAAACUAAAUAACUAAGCCCAUUACCACGGCCCUCGCAAUCGCAACUUAGAACAUCGUCGGGCAUAAUGCAGAAUAUGGUUUCUUACGAACCUAAAAAAAAUGGUACUCGUCCAUAUAGUGGCAAUCCUUCACAAGAAGGGCUGUAUAAAGGUGCUAAACAGCAUUAUGAUAGUUAUGCUGCGUAUAGGACGCCUCCUACAGAAAGGCCGAGAGGACCGAGAUCCUCUAAUGAAGCGACUGCACGGCUGUGGGAAGAUGGGUAUCCGAGAAAUUCUAAUUCGUCAAAUAAUAUAGUUGUCGGUCAGAAUACUUCAGUGGGGGAUAAUUUCGAUCUUGAAUCACGUUCAGAGACUUAUCCUUACAUACAUGACCAACAACAUAAUACUGUCUAUAGUGACUCGGCCUAUCUUCCGCAUUAUUCCCAGCCAGCUUCACAAUAUCCAUAUCAACAAUAUCAAACAUCCGGUUCAAAUAUAUAUCAAAAUCCAGCUGCUGCAAGUGCACCUUCAUUGGGAACAUUGUCAUCUGAAGAGGAGUCAGACAUCUUUUCUUCAACGCAGCAGUAUCCACACUAUUCACAGCAUUUAGAAUAUCCCCAACACACAUAUCCACAAUCAUUACAAUUUUCGCAACACACACAUUACCAAUUUAAUGGAUAUCCAUAUCAGCAUCAAGCUGAAUAUCAGCAUCCGCUUUAUACACAAACCUCACAUACAGGACCACCUCCACAAAUCGCUGUUCAGACAGUUCAUCCUUAUGAAGGACGUUCACAAUCGUUGACUUCACGGUCAUUUAGUAAGUCUGGACGUAGAUCUCCACAACCACUUUCUCAAUAUGCAUCAAACAUUGCACAGAGUUCAACCUCAACAAGGUCAAUGUCGAUUAAUGGUGCCGUCUCAAAUCUUAUUAUUCCAUCAUAUGCUGAUGAGAAUAUUCCCCCAAGAAGGUCCAUGGAAAGUGUACGUGAGAGAUCAAAACCGCCGCUGACAAAUCAUCGUACCGAAAGAUUUCGGUCGUUUUCA